AUGUCCUCUGACUCCAAAACGAUCGGCACAGUGAUCCGCAUCUACGACAACCCCAGCGAAACCCACCCAUAUCCCACCGGUUACAUCCACGACCUCAGCCUCAUAGCCGGCAAAAAACUCCCCACCAUCGCCAGCACAGUGGGCGGCCCCCGCAUAACCGACUGGGCAUCAUACACCGAAGCGCUCAGCGGCGCACCCGUAUUCGCAAUGCGCCUUAGCACCCCUGGCGCAAACGAGAACAUCCUCCAAAACCACCUUAAUCCAGCAGAUCUACAAUGCGAGAACAUGCAAAGGGCAACCGUUGUUGGCACGCAGUAUCUCUGGGACAGGGAGACGCGCUUGCAGAGUGCCGCGUUGUUGCGGAGGACUGAGGAUGAGUCGACUAUGAUUGGAUGGCUGGCGUCUGUGUUGUGUCUUGGGAGACCGGACGAUGAGGUUGCGAAGGCGGUUGUCUUUCAUAAUUAUCGGACGAGGUUUCUUGUUGGUGGGGAUAUAAGGGGAGGUGUGAGCUGUGGGUUAUUGGAUGCUGGGUUUUUGCUUCCAGAAGAGGUAAGGGCUGCUAGGAUUGUUUAG